UGGACGACGCGAUGGCGGCCAUUCUUCCACUUGAUCCGUCAUGGCCGCCGAGCGUGCCAGCUCGAGAAAAGUGACGUCGUUCAUGCGUGUGCAGGAGCCGAGAUGGAUCGUCGCAAAGCGGUACAGAGACCGUGUGUGGACGCUCACGGACAGCAUGCUGACCGUGUCGACGGAUGAGCGACGCAAGUUCAACACGUACUUUGUCCAGCAAGGCAAGGCAUGGCCAGGCAAACUGCACGGCAUUCAAGUCGAAACACAAGAUGGAAAGUGGAUGAAAGCUGUCGCCAACAACAAAACGCAGUGGGCCAUGUGGAUGCAAGCGUUCCAGAACUUGAACCCUUGAACACGUGCGAGUGCGCACGAUCCCUGCCGCGGACGACGAAGACGACAUGGCCACAAACUCUUUGUCCGACGACGAAGAUCGGUAGGCCGCAUCUGUGGUCCUUCCUGUAACCUAUUCCAUUAAUCUUAUGUCGAAUCCAACAUGGCGAUGUCACGGGCGCGUCGGCCAUCGAUUUGUUCCACGCGUUGGGAGGAUGGACGAGAGAUUCGACCGAUUGAACGGAAUAGCACGAUGCAUCCACUCGUCCUGCCGCGGCAGCACAUGGUGCUGUCUGUGCGCGAAAUCGUCCGUCACAAUUUAGAAUCCCCAUCCAGACAUGCUUCGUCG